AUGGGCUCUUCAUCAGCUCAAGGAAGAACUGUCAUACGGAAACUAGUCCACAAAUUAACCACUAAAGAUGGUGUGCUUGGUGAUUAUGACUACAAAUAUCUAUUCACUCCUCAACUACCAUUCAUGAAGAAGAAUAAAGUGAGACAACCAUUUUUCGGUCUAGACUCAGAAAUGCCAAUUUUGCUAGGUUUUAUCCUGGGUUUACAACAUUCAUUAGCGAUGCUUGCAGGUAUCAUUACACCUCCAAUAAUUGUUUCAUCAUCUGCAAACUUCACUGCUCAACAACAACAAUAUUUAGUCACUGCUUCUUUAAUCAUCAGUGGAUUCUUAUCAAUGAUCCAAAUCACUAGAUUCCACAUAUAUCGUACACCAUACUAUCUGGGGUCAGGUAUGUUGUCAGUUGUUGGUAGUUCAUUUGGUGUUAUUGUCGUUGUUCAGAAAAUUUUACCAGUCAUGUACAAAACUGGGUUUUGUCCAUCUUCUGAUGAUGGUACCCCAUUGCCUUGUCCUGAUGGUUAUGGUGCUAUCAUUGGUACAUCAUGUGUAUGUGGGUUAUUAGAGGUUUGUUUCUCAUUUAUCCCACCAAAAUUUUUGAAGAAAUUAUUCCCACAAACUGUUACUGGUACUGUUGUCUUAUUGAUGGGUAUUUCAUUGAUUAAAUCUGGUUUCCAAGAUUGGGUUGGUGGUUCCGGAUGUGUUGAUGGUAUUUGUCCUUUUGAAGGUGCUCCAAAAGCUGCUAAAUUUGGUAGUCCUCAAUUCAUUGGGUUGGGAUUCUUGGUUUAUAUGACAAUCAUCAUUUCAGAAAAAUGGGGUGCUCCAAUCAUGAAAUCUUGCUCAGUUAUUCUGGGAUUAUUAGUUGGUUGUAUCGUUGCAGGUGCUUGUGGUUAUUUUGAUAAAUCAAGUAUUGAUGCUGCACCUGCUGCAAGUUUCGUUUGGACAACCACUUUCAAAAUGACAGUUUAUGGUCCAGCAGUUUUACCAAUGCUUGUUGUUUAUGUUGUUUUAGUUAUGGAAACAAUUGGCGAUUUGACUGCAACUGCCGAGGUUUCAAGAUUAGAAGUUGAAGGUCCAUUAUAUGAAUCAAGAAUUCAAGGUGGUGUUUUAGGGGAUGGGUUCAAUAGUAUUAUAGCUGGUCUUUGUACAAUCACUCCAAUGUCCACAUUUGCGCAAAAUAACGGUGUUAUUUCAAUUACAAAAUGUGCUAAUAGAACCGCUGGUUAUUGGUGUUGUUGUAUCUUGAUCAUUAUGGGUAUUUUCACAAAAUUCGCGGCUAGUUUAGUUGCAAUCCCAAAACCUGUAUUAGGUGGUAUGACUUCAUUUUUAUUCACAUCUGUUGCAGUUUCUGGGUUGAAAAUUAUUUCCAAUUCUCCAUUCACUAGAAGAGAUAGAUUUGUUUUAACAGCUGCUAUCUUGCCAGGUAUCGGUUGUAUUUUGGUUCCAAAUUGGUUUGAAAAUGUUUUCUCAUAUUCUGGUAAUAACCAUGCAUUGACUGGGUUCUUGGAUGCUAUUACUGUCAUUAUGGAAUCAAGUUAUGCCCUUGGUGGUAUUAUUGCCACUAUUUUAAACUUGGUGUUACCUCAAGUUAUGGAUGAUGAAGGUGAAGAUAUCCCGGAUGAUUUAGAAGAAUUGGCACUAGAUGAUUACGUUCACCAAUAUGACGAUGAGGACAAAGCCACCGAGAACAUGAAGAAGGAGAAAUCAUUAAGUGUCAAGUCUUCUUCAAACGGGUCUCAUAGUAAAGACCUUUAA